AAUACAUACAGCACGAGAGAAGACGGGUAUAACGAGGGAGCGAAGUAUACACGUCACGUGACCAAACUCAUAACUCUUCUAAACACCAAAUGGAUUAGGGGUGCAAGGUAUCUCGGGUAUACAGCUGACCAGAAGGACGCCGCCAUUCUAGCAAACAUGGCGUCCUAUUCAGAGGGUGACAAGUCGCCUUUCAACGUUAAAGGCCCAUCCAUGCAGACGAGAAGCAAGUCCAUGUACGUCGAAGGUAGCGACAACCCCGGGAACGGAAGACCUACAUCAGCUGCGACAAUUUCUCAUACCUCCUCGUCACUAGACACUUCAUCUGAUGGAAGUUCUGAAACCAAGAACGAGGCUAGCGGAAAUGACGCCAUGAGUCAGGUUGUCGCUAUUAACAAGGCUCUCGUGCAACAGAUAGACGCUCUUCGUCUCCGUCUGGAGGUGGACUACAAACACAACAACGAACAGAGGAUUGCUAUCGUCAAGGAAACAGAUGCGCAGCUGGAACAAAAAACGCUGAGCUCUCGAAUCUGAAAUCUAAGAUACAGAAGAAAACUGCAGUAUUGUCUCAUUUGACAGACAAUAACGACAGACAGAAUAAAGAGAUUGAGGAGAUACAGCGUCAGAUUGAAGAUCUACGUAGGGAUGUAGAGGAUACUAGAGUAUAUACAGAUGAACUUGAGUCCGAGGUAUCGAAACUUCAGAGAGACAAAGGGAAGCUCCAGACUGGUUCUGCUUAUCAAGAGAAGGAGGACGAAAUUAAGGGACUACACAGGGAGAUCGGGUAUCUGCGGAAGAAUCUUUCCCGAUUCGAAAAGGAAUUGGUAAAGGCUAAGGAAGUGAUAUCUCAACAUGGCGGAAAGGUCAGGUUGUUGGAGAAAGAAAGUAAAAACGCUCAGGUUCAGUUCAGAGAGGAACUGAAUAAAAUCUCGCAGAACAUGAGACUUGAAAUCGGUAAAAUGCGAGACUUGAUGAGAAGCCAGUGGCGAGAGAUGAAGGAUUUGCGAGAACAGAACGAGUCUAUGCGAAGUGACAUAAAACAGAUCAGAGACAUGUUGGUGGAACAAAGUACUACGAAAGCGUCAGAAACAGUCAAUGAACCACAGAAGAUCUCUCAGAAAGAACCCCCGAGUCAACAUGAGCAAACGACUCCUAAAGAACAUGGGCACAUGGCUUUCAAACCAACACUUCCGGUUUUGAGCAAGGAUUCAAAACGUACCAAUAUUCACAAGAAGAAAAACAUGGUUUAAGAAAUUCUAUUUGGAUAACAGUGAAGACUUCCACUGCUUCACGAAUCAGUAUCUACUUUACUGCUGGAGGCAGACGUGAUGAAUCCGCGUGAUUUGAUUAACACACUGCAAUACUAUAUAUAUAUAUAUAUAUACACACAGUGGAAACGAAGACACUAAAUUUGUUUCAUACUUGACAAUCAUUUGUAUUUUCUUCUUUGUGUGCAAUGCCUCGUGUGUUCUUUA